AUGCAAAAAAUCGCCAGAAAAUUGGAAGCUACGCAAUCCCUGCUGAAAAACUUCUCCACCAACAUACGGAAAACGGCAAAAAGCAAGCAAACAAAAGGUUUCUUCACUGCCAGAAAGAAUCUCUUGGAAAGUUACUGGACGCAGUACAAGGAAGCUCGAGAAGAUUUGUUGGCCAAUAUUUAUGACGGUGCAAAGGUGGAAGAAGUGAGUGACACAAUAAAAGCGUUAGUUAGCGAAGACAGUUACAUGGAAAUUGAAAUAAUUUAUUCGGAAAUGAUGGGAGAGCUAAUCGAUGAGUUAGAAAGCACUGAAGUUAUAGAAUCUCCAGGUAAUAACGAAACUGUAAUUAAAGGUGUGUCAAGCAUGGAACUGACGUCUAAUUUACCACGUAUUAAAAUUCCGUCGUUUGAUGGUAAUUAUCUGCACUGGUACGCAUUUAAGGAUUUAUUCACGUCAGUUGUAUCAAAUAACGUUGCAUUGUCUAAUACACAGAAACUUCAAUAUUUAAAAGAUGCGUUAGUGUUGGACGCUCAACACGCCCUAGACAACAUUACUACAACAGAUGCACAUUGGGCAGUAGCAUGGAGUUUACUCGUCCGCAAGUAUGAGAACAAGAGGAUCAUUCUUAAUGCGUAUUUAAAACAAAUUGUUAAUUUAACAACGGUGUCUGAUGGUUUACCAAAUAGUUUACGCUUGUUAUGUGACACCAUCACGUCAGCUGUGCGUGCGUUAGAGCAAUUGGGUCGUCCAGUGCAGCAUUGGGACGAUUGGUUGGUCUUUACCCUUCUCCAAAAAUUAGACACGAAAACACGCUCAGCUUGGGAGCUGUCAACAACCAGUUUAGAACAAAUUCCAAAAUUUGAGGAGCUGGUCAGUUUCUUAGAAAAUCGAAUACAUUCGCUGGAGGUAGUUAAUAGCAUGACCGAUAACUCUAAUCAGGAGAAAAAGUUUGUAACACCUAUCAGAACAAAGGGGUUCGUGAAAAGCCAUCAUACCACUGUUCAACAAUGCGUGCAUUGUCAAGGUAAGCAUUUACUGGCAUAUUGCGCAGAAUUUCGGCAAAUGACUGGGACAAAGAGAUAUGAGGUAGUCAGAUCUGCAAGAUUGUGUUUCAAUUGUUUGAGAACGGGACACAUGGGUCAUAAUUGUCCAUCGAAAUAUCGGUGUCUGCGAUGUAAUGCAGCGCAUCAUACAUUACUACAUGACCAUAGUGGAAGUGGUGGAGAAACUAAUUACUCAAAUAUACCGGAAAAGACCACUGAAGCGACUAAGAAAUACGCUGUCACAUCAAAUAAUACAUACAUUUCCAGUGCUAAUCAAGGUGCUCGAACUUUACAUCUACAGACUGUUUUAAUUGGCACUGCAUUGAUAGAGGUAAGGAGUCCUUCUGGUCAGAAGCUUAUUGUGCGAGCUCUUUUGGAUAGCGCGUCGGAAGCAACGUUUGUCAGCGAAUUCAUCGUGCAGCGGUUAAAACUGGACAAAACAAAUGUCAUAGUGUCGGUGAGUGGUGCAAAUGGUGAAAGGGUCGCCAAUUCAAGAGGAAUGGUUUCAUUUACAAUCCAUUCGUUAAAAUCCGAUUUCAACAUGAAUUGUGUUGCACUAAUACUUCCACGAGUGGGUAGCGUUACCCCAACCAUUCCCAUACCGAAAGAAGCGCUUGGUGAGUUCAUGAAUUUAGAUUUAGCUGAUCCUCAAUUACAGGUUCCGGGGGCAGUCGAUAUGAUUUUGAGCGCUUCAGAUUAUGCUGCUAUUGUCUAUGAGCGACUAAAACGGCAUCCAACUAACAAUAUUGUUGCCCAAUAUACGCAACUCGGUUGGGUAAUUUUUGGUGGACUGUCGCGACGAAAGGGUAUUUCAGUGAAAGGACAAGUUAAUUGCUGUCAUACUCGGGCAACAUUGCACGAAAUGCUACAUAAAUUUUGGGAAUUGGAAGAAAUAACAAACCACGCUCCGUUAACAAAAGAUGAAAUGUACUGUGAAGAUUUUUUUGAGCGUACAACUGUACGCAACGCAACGGGUCGAUAUGUGGUUAGACUACCAAUCAAGCAGAAAGCUGAUUUGGCAACACUUAAGUCAAGUAAACUAAAUGCACUUGCAUUAUUAAACAGCACGUUACAGCGAUUAACCCGAGAUCCGGAUAUGUACAAACUCUACCAAGAUUUCAUGGACGAAUAUCAGACCUGUGGCCAUAUGGAAGUGGUGCCACACUCGUAUGAUGUAGCUUCAACAUGUUAUCUUCCUCACCAUGGUGUCUAUAAAGCAUCGAGUUCUACAACGAAGCUUCGCGUAGUCUUCAAUGCUUCUAAUAAAUGUUUGAGCGGAAUAUCUCUUAAUGAUUGUCUGCAUAUAGGUCCCAGAUUACAAAAUGAUCUAUCAAAUAUCAUCUUGCAAUGGCGGCAUUACCCUAUAGUGUUUACAGGAGAUAUCGAGAAAAUGUACAGGCAAAUUCUUGUUGAUAGCAAAGAUGUGGAUUUGCAACGAAUAAUGUGGCGCGUUCGACACGGGGACGCCCCUACAACGUUCCGGUUGCUCACUGUAACAUAUGGGACUAAUUGUGCUCCAUAUCUUGCCAUCAAAGUAUUGCGUACUCUGGCAAAAGAGGAGCAAACUCGUUUUCCACGGGCAGCUGAAUCGAUUCUAAAUGAAUUUUACAUUGAUGACGUACUAUCAGGUGGAGACACUCCAAUCGAAGCUGCAGAAAAAUUGCACGAACUUCAGGAGCUUCUAGCAACUGCAGGCUUCACUUUACGUAAAUUUAAUUCGAAUUCAAAUGACGUUUUAAGCACUCUGACUGAGGACGUAAAAGCUCACGCCGACGAUGUGGAAAUUAACACCGAGUAUAAAACUAAGACACUUGGUCUUACUUGGUAUACAAAAUCCGACAGUUUUGGUUACAACGUCAAUGUAACUUGUGACAACCAUCAUUACACAAAACGACUAAUGUUGUCUGACAUAUCGAAGUUAUUUGAUCCACUUGUGUUCUUGGCUCCGGUUAUCAUUCGAGGAAAGAUGUUUCUGCAACAACUCUGGCGUACUGGAUCCGAUUGGGAUGAUCCCUUGUCAAUAGAGAUGGCAAACAUUUGGCAUAACUUUCGUAUUGACUUACAACAAUUACAUCACAUUCGAAUCCCACGUUGGAUAAACACCACUUCGACAAGUGCAAUUGAAUUACACGCAUUUGGUGAUUCAUCAAAUCAAGCAUAUGCGGCUGCAGUAUAUGCGAAAACAACCAUCGGUACGACCAGCUUUGUAAAUUUGCUUAUUAGUAAAACUAAGGUAGCCCCGUUGAAAGAAACGUCUAUACAACGUUUAGAAUUAUGUGCAGCAUUGCUAGCAGCAAAACUUCUACACAAGGUUAAAGGAACAUUUAAGUGUCAACUAUCACGCUGUAUUUUGUGGACUGAUAAUACAACCACACUGUGGUGGAUUAGAACUGAUCCAGGCAAAUUGAAGCAGUUCGUGGCAAACAGAGUGUCACAAAUUCAGUCAAUGACAAAUAUUGAAGACUGGAGGUAUAUUGCAACAAAGGAUAAUCCGGCUGAUUGUGCAUCACGAGGCAAUACCGUUUUGCAACUAAAAGAUAAUCUGAUGUGGUGGUAUGGACCAUCUUGGCUUCGCUUAAAUGAGAAAAUGUGGCCUAACCACCAAAUCAAUCAUACUCCUGACAGUUUACCUGAGAAAAAAGAGAUUAACUCAUUAACUACGCAGUUAUCAACAGAAGUGUGGGAAAUAUUUGGACGAUAUGCUACUCUUGACAAAUUACUCGUAGUCGUGGCGCAAUGCCUACGUUUUAUUCAUAUGUGUCAAAAAAGGAUGCGUAGGGAUGAAAGUUUCUGCACUUGGCAAGAACGUUAUACGGUUCUUAAAAAAUUAGUAACAAUUGUACAAAGGACCGAGUUUACCAACGAUUAUGCCGCUUUACGGAAAGGCAAUCCAAUCAACAAAUCAAGUAAAUUGUUUAAAUUGAAUCCGAAGCUUGAUUCCGACGGAAUUAUGCGUCUAAAUGGACGACUUCAAAAUGCGAAUAUUCCUUCAGAUGAACGAAGUCCAAUGAUAUUACCCAAACGUCAUGAUUUUACUACGUUGAUUAUUAAUCACGCUCAUAGUCGAACAUUACAUGGCGGAACUCAAACAACAUUAGCAUAUGUGCGACGGCAAUUUUGGGUUAUUGAAGGAAGAUCCGCUGUGAAGAGAGUGAUUAACAAAUGCAUUACAUGUUUUCGUCAAGCCUGUCGACCGCAAGCACAACUUAUGGGUAACUUACCUCCAGCACGGUGUAAUAUAUCACAGCCAUUCAUGCACACGGGCGUGGAUUAUGCUGGUCCAUUUAAUGUGAGAGCGACAAGAGGGAGAGGCCAACGUACUUACAAGGGGUAUGUGGCUCUAUUUAUAUGUUUUAUUACACGAGCUAUUCAUUUGGAACUUGUGAGUGAUAUGACAUCUGAAACAUUUCUAGCAGCGUUAAAGCGAUUUGUAUCAGUCCGUGGCAUAUGCUCAGAUAUGUACAGCGAUCGUGGUACAUCCUUUGUCGGUGCUGAUGCUUUAAUGAAAGAUGAAAUUAAAUUAUUUAAAAAACAAAUUGAAGCUGGGUCUGUGUUUGCAUCAACCGUUGGCAUAAAUUGGCACUUUAUACCACCCGCAGCGCCUCAUUUUGGUGGCCUAUGGGAGGCAGGAGUAAAAAUCGAAAAUUGUUUAAAUUCGCGGCCGCUUACGGCUCUAUCUGAUGACCCCACAGACUUAUCAGCGUUGACACCAGGACACUUUUUGAUUGGACGAGCGCCAUCUGCCGUACCUGAACCUAAUUUGCUAAAUACAAAGAUUGGUGUACUAUUCCGAUGGAAGAUGUUAAGCCAGAUGUAUCAAGACUUUUGGCGCCGUUGGUCCCAAGAAUAUUUAACACAAUUACAUGCCAGAAACAAAUGGACUAAAAGCCAAACAAAUGUCGCAACCGGUCAACUGGUCCUACUUCGAGAUGAACGAUUGCCUCCAAGCUCCUGGUUGCUUGGCCGCAUUAUCCAAGUCCAUCCUGGCACGGACGGUGCUGUUCGGGUCGUAACCAUAAAAACACAGUCCGCCAUUGUGAAACGGCCAAUUACGAAGAUCUCUGUUUUACCAAUCGACAUUGAAGGACGUCCUGAAGCACACGAGUAA